AUGUCUUGGCACUUUGUUGAGCGUUGGCUCGAAAAGGCAAGUCAGCACGCAACACUCGUCGGAAAGUUCUGGCUCACCUUCCUCAUCGUCUGUCGCAUGGUCAUCAUUGCAAGCAUUGGUGACAGAGUAUACGCCGAUGAACAGUCAGAAUUCAAAUGCAACACACAACAGCCUGGCUGCAACAAUGUUUGUUUCAACUCCUUCAGUCCGAUUUCUCAUCUCAGAUUUUGGUCUUUUCAAAUCCUUGCCUGCGCAAUGCCUUCCAUCAUCUUCGUCAUCUACUCGGGGCACAAGGCGCGCGAAAAGUCCAAGCUCGAGUCUGAAGCGAAAAAGCGCCAGAAGGAGCGAGCCCAGAGGCACCAAGAGCGCGGACCUACACAAGCCUCAGCCCCCUUCAGCACUAGCGGCGGAGAGAAUCGCAUCAAGAGUCCCAGCAAUCUCAAGGACACCGCUACCCAGACCAACCAGUCGGACAUUGUCGAAGAUGUCAACGACGACGUCCGCGGGAGCACCCUCAAACGACAGCGUCGCACACCCCGCAGAGGUGGAAAAGGCUCGUCUGGAAAGCCCAGCGAGCCCGGCGCAGGAAGCGAUGGUGAGAGCGACUCUGACAACGAAAACAGCCCACUUACAACGCAGCAACAGCAAAAUACUGUGCUCGACAUCGACAAGCGAUCAACUGCCGCUUCACUGCCUCCACUGUCGGGCUGCGGGGUCAAGAGUGUUGGCAGCACCGGCCCGCCGGAGAACGUGCUCGUCUGGCUGCCCUCUCAGCCGCCCAACCAAGUCAAACACCGAAAAGGCAAUCAACCAUCGACACAUGGCCAGAAUGGCCAUUUGCCAAACGAUCUUAUGCCCAUUGAAUUACCUCCGUACUCAAAUGAAUACCUUCAAAACGCAGAUGACUUUACCAAGCAGCAUAUUCAUACCGCUCCAAUAACACAUCGUGAUCCUGAAAUUACCAAAAUAAUCAAAAAACCAAAUCGUCAUUUUCGCCUCUAUGUGGUCUCUACCUUUGUGCGCCUGAACCUGGAGUUUGGGUUUCUUUACCUUCAAUGGCAUCUCUUUGGAUUCGAGGUGCCCUCCACUUACAAAUGUCGACAGAGUCCCUGCCCGAACGUCGUCGACUGUUUUCCUUCCCGUCCCCAGGAGAAAACCAUCUUCCUCUACUUUAUGUUCCUCUUCAGCAUCCUCUGCUGCGUACUCAACGUUUGCGAGUUUCUAGAGCUCAUUUGGAAGCUGCUCAAGCGCUGCGACUGCCAACGGCUCAAUUGCUGCGGCUGCCAGCAAAAAUACCAACGACCAAGUGAGGCAUCUAGACAGUACCUCCAAGCCGGUCCUCCACCCGCGCCAUUUAUCUUUGAUGGUCCGAGUGUGAGCAGGUUAGAAGGCAACUACGACGAUGGCCAUUACGACAAUCGUCCACUUCUAGGCGACAAACGACAUAGAUUUGUGAAACGCAGCGCGUCUGGGUUGAAAUCGCCGACUUCCUCCGCCGCCCAAGAGAAAUUGUUGCAAGACAAAGGUCAACGCGUAAGCCCGAGCAAGCAAUGGAAGUACUGGAAAGGCACCGAGUCCGAACAAAAUACUCAAGCCAAUAAUGAAAAGAGCACCAAUUGGCUCUAG